AAACGUAAAAUUAGUGAAAAAUGUCUGUUGUAAUUGAAACCACAGUAGGCGAUAUAACUGUUGAUCUAUUUGUAGAUGAGCGCCCCAUUUCGUGUCUUAACUUCAUUAAGCUGUGUAAAUUUAAGUACUACAAUUAUAAUCUUUUCCACACAAUUGAACGUGGGUUUAUUGCACAGACCGGCGAUCCUACUGGUGUAGGCAAUGGCGGCAAUUCUAUAUGGGGUGAAGUGGACGGAUCAGAUAAAAGGUUUUUCGAAGCUGAAACUAUACCAAAGAUUUAUCACUCUUCAGCCGGUCUCUUGUCACUUGUUUCUGCAGGGAAAAAUUUAAUCGGAUCGCAAUUCUUUUUCACUUUGGCGCCAAAUUUAUCUUCAUUAGAUGGAAUUCAUUGUGUUAUUGGCGAAGUGGUAGAAGGACAUGAAACACUUCGAAAAAUAAAUGAGGCCAUUGUCGAUGAUAACUUUCGACCUUACCAAGACAUUCGCAUAACUCAUACAGUUAUAUUAGAAGAUCCUUUCCCCGAUCCAAGUAACUUUUUAUUACCAAGUCGUUCUCCAUCUCCCACACCUCAACGUUUGCAGAAUGGUCGUAUCGCUGCGGAUGAAGACAUUGACGAUACAGAUGGAAAAACUGUCGAAGAGUUGCAAGAGAUGCUUGCGGAGCGAGAAGCAAAAGCGCGAGCAACUAUCCUUGAGAUAGUUGGAGAUUUACCCGAUGCAGAAAUGGCACCACCUGAGAAUGUGCUUUUCGUUUGCAAAUUAAAUCCAGUCACUACUGACGACGAUUUAGAAAUUAUUUUCAGCCGUUUUGGUAAAGUAAAAAAUUGUGAAGUAAUUCGAGAUAAAAAAACAGGCGACUCACUUCAAUACGCAUUUGUUGAGUUCGAAGAUCAGAAAUCGUGUGAAGCAGCUUAUUUUAAAAUGGACAAUGUUCUAAUUGAUGACCGUCGAAUUCAUGUUGACUUUUCACAAUCUGUUGCAAAAGUGAAAUGGCGUGGAAAGGGCCGCGGAGUGGAGGGUACAUUAAAAAGAGGUGAAUUCGACAAUUUACGGGAACCCAACAAAAUACAUAGAAUAGAUGAUCGUGAUCGAAAAGACGUUGAUCGGGACCGUUCAAAAAGAAAGAAUUCAAUAGAGCGAAGAUUGGCUCGAGAAGAGCGCCAUCGUGAGCAACGGGAAAAGGAUGAAAGACGAGAAAAUAGCCACAGAUAUGAGCGAGACAAUUGUUCACAUCGAAGAAGAAGUCGGUAUAAUGAAAAUGUAGAACGUGAACAAGGAUCGUCGCGCGAUCGUUACAGGCGAUCACGUAGCCAUAGUGGGGGACGAUAUAAAAAAUAUUCUCCUGUUAGAGAACGACGCGAUAGAUAUAAUGAAUCAAAUAACUAUAGACAUCAUAACGAAAAAUCCAAGCUGCGAGAGUAUCCAGAUCACAGAAGUAGCGGAAAGCAGUUAGACAGAAAGCGACAAAAUGAAAAGAAUGAAAAUGGAACUCAGAAACCAAAAGGAAAAUCAGAGCGGAGAAAAAAAGAUAGCACAUCCUCAAGUUCCGACAGCGAAAGCUCAAGUAGUGAAUCAUCUAGUACGACUACUGGAAGUAGCAGCGAUAUUUCUAGUGACACAUCUGAUGACAGAAAACGGCAAACACGAAAAUAUAAAAUAGUUAAAAAGAAGAAAUCAAAGAGCAAGGCACACAAAAGUAAAAGCAGACAUAGGAAAUAAUAAAGUUGUUUAUUAUUAUUAUAAA